GGCAACACCUAAAAAAAUGUCAAAAUAAUAAUUUUGUACCCGAAGGGCUUCUGUAAAAUAAAUCGUAAAUCUCCUAAAAUCAAUUAUUAUUCGUUUGCAAACAUGAUUUAAACGAAUAAUAUCGAGUGCUUUUUAGUCAACAACAAUGCUUAUGGUGCCAUAGAUUCGCUUUAUACAAUGCAUCAGGGCAGCUUGAUGUCCUGACAGAUAGAUCGAAUAGAGAAACAAAGUGAUUUAUUUGUGUUGAGUGCUUUGAAAUCAGUUGAAGAUGUUUUCUAAGUCCCUGACGAGUAAGGACUCGUUCCUGGAGCAGACGAAGGCUGCCCGGGAGGAGCGCGCGCUUGAGAAGAAGCGAGAACAGUCGGCUGUUAGGAUACAGGCCGUCGUCAAAGGAUGGCUCGCAAGGCAAAAAUUCAUUAAGCGUAUUUUAAAUGAUUUUGAUGAGUUGCUCCCGGAGACAGCAACCCAUGGCUCACAGGAGGAACCAGCGCAGCCAGUGGACCUGCUCCCAGCUCUAGAAGUGUACCGUGUCACAUGUAGGCUCUUCUUAGUGUUCAAGCAGCAACGAGACCGCACAAGAUUUGAAAAACUCUGUAAAUAUAUUGUGCAGAGUUUGCAUUCGGACUCUGUAAAACUAUCUUAUGUUGGAGUCUUCCUGAAUAAAGAAUACAGUCUCCGAUGGAUAUCUCACAUCAAAGAUCUCCUGUACAAAUGCUGCUUGUACCUCGAAGAGCUAAAGCCCGAGUCUCCGAUGGACAUGCAGAGUAUCCUCGUCCACCUGCACACGCUGGUAGCAUUCACCGCCACCAACACAUGGGCACUGACACGAUUGAAGAACUUCGAGAAGCUAAGGGGAGGGAUGACACAGUUGUGCGCAAAUGUUAUGGGAUCGCUGUUCCAUAAAGGAUAUUAUUUAACUCUGAAGUCCCUCUUGCUCCGCGGUCUGUGUCGCGAGAAGAUAUACCUGAAGAACGUGUCUCUAACGGCCAUAGUAACGCUCUCGCUGCGACCGCUCGUGUCCGCACAGUUCUCGGAGAAACUGCUCACCAUGUACAUCAUACAGAUCCUGUCGGUGCCCACGCUAGUGUACCAUAUGCAGCAGAUAUCGCCUGAGUCGAUAUCGUCGUUCCGUUCCUACUCGAUGUUCGACAAGUGCGUGGAGUUCCUGAGCGCGGACCAGAACCUGCGCAUCGUGUUCAACACGCUGGAGGGUAACUACGCGCUCUGCCUGCUCGCCAACCUCGUGCAGCUCGCUCACCUCGAGCGGGAGCAUGCGCUGCCCGAUACCUACCAUCCGACGUUUGUGCUGGUUGUCACACGCUUCCUAGACUCAUGCCAACAAUACGUAGUCUGCAAGAAGGGCAACCUAAGCAAUUGGCACCCAAUCUUAGGCUGGUUCUCACAGAGCUUCGAUACCUACCUACCACCGGCUAUGGGAAACUUAAGGAACCAGCUGUCUUUGUUAUGGGGGGCGCCACUGUUGAAGAAGUUGCUAGCGAUGCCUUUAAAGGACAUGAUCGACGCGGGAGUGACCGGGGAAGAGGGCGCGGGGCCUUCCCAGCCAUCCACUCCUGUCCAGAGUAACAAUCCCGCGGCUAUUAUUAGGAGGGCUAUUGAAGCUAGGACUAACAGAUCGAACGCCAACAAGCACUUCAGGAAGCUGGGUUCACCGGACUGCACGAAGACUGCGCUCAUAUGCUCCAUGUACCACACGGCGUUGCAAACGAUGACGCAAGUCAAACUUGAUAUACUGACAGGGCUGUGCAAUCAAGAUGAAAUAUUAUACUCGUUAUGGCAAUUCUUAUGCACGUUGGGACCAAACUGCGGGCUGAAGUCAUUCCUUGAUCUCUUAGCUGUAAACACGAAGACGUCAGCGCCGGAGUUCCAGAUGUUGAUACUCUUCGCCGACUGUAUGACUCAUUAUGUUACUAUUUUAGAUGAUAUGGAGAUGUACGAACAACAGAAUCCGUUCAAGUUACAAGACUUUAUAAACAUGUCGCAGUUCCUCAACAUGUUUGUUUACAAGUCCAUUAUGGGACAGUUAUUUGAUCUCAAAACAAUCCAAAGCAACGAGCUGUUCAGUUCUCUCCACACGUUACUGCUGGUCCUGUACCGGCGCGACUGCCGACGUGCCUACACGCCGCUCAACCACUGGCUGGUGAGGGAGAUACGCGAGGGACAGUUCAUGGCAGACCUCGAGAAGGGGAAGAAACCGCAGCAGGUUUUAGUGCAAAAGACACCUCACAUGAUUGCUCACGGUGAGCGCGUUCGAUUGUUCAGGCGAGCUGUUGCCGAUGAAAAGGUGGUGCUGGGGCUGACGGAGCGCGCGUGCGGCGGGCGCUCGACGCUGGUGACGGUGCGGCGCGCGCGCCUGGUGGAGGACGGCUACCGCCAGCUCGGCGCGCUGCCCUCGCGCGCGCUCAAGGGCUGCGUCCGGGUGCGCUUCAUCAACGAGCAGGGCCUGGACGAGGCCGGCAUCGACCAGGACGGCGUCUUCAAGGAAUUCCUGGAAGAGACAAUAAAGCGCGUAUUCGACCCGUCGCUGAACCUGUUCCGCGUGACGAGCGAGGAGCGCCUGUACCCGUCGCCCACGUCCUGUCUGCAGGACAACCACCUGCAGCUGUUCGAGUUCAUAGGCCGCAUGCUGGGGAAGGCUGUCUAUGAGGGCAUAGUAGUGGACGUGCCGUUCGCGUCGUUCUUCCUGAGCCAGGUGUUGGGCCAGACGCAGCAGGCGCUCUACAGCUGGAUCGACGAGCUGCCCUCGCUCGACCGCGACCUCUACCGGAGUCUCACCUACAUCAAACAUUUUCAGGGCGAUAUUUCUUCACUGGAGCUAACAUUUUCGGUGGACGAAGAGAGGCUCGGAGAAAUAGUCACUCAUGAGCUUGUUCCUGGCGGCAAAGCUGUUCCAGUUACUAAUGAGAACAAAAUAAACUACAUCCAUUUGAUGGCACAUUUCCGAAUGCACACGCAGAUAAAAGACCAAACUAACGCCUUCAUCAAAGGGUUUAGAACUAUCAUCAAUCCUGAAUGGUUGUCCUUGUUUUCUACGCCAGAGCUGCAGCGCCUGAUAAGCGGCGACAACGUCCCGCUGGACCUGCGCGACCUGCGGCGCCACACGCAGUACUACGGCGGCUUCCACGACUCGCACCGCGUCGUGUGCUGGCUGUGGGACGUGCUGCAGCGGGACUUCAGCGAGCACGAGCGGGCCAUGUUCCUCAAGUUUGUGACGUCAUGCUCCAAGCCGCCAGUGCUCGGGUUCGCACAUCUUAAGCCGCCGUUCUCUAUACGUUGUGUUGAAGUGGGUGACGAUGAAGACACCGGCGACACAAUAGGCAGCGUUAUCCGAGGCUUCUUUACAAUAAGAAAGAAGGAUCCUCUGAACCGUCUGCCGACGUCAUCUACCUGCUUCAACCUCCUCAAGCUGCCGAACUACCAGAAGCGCAGCACUCUUCGCGACAAACUGCGGUACGCCGUCAACAGUAACACUGGCUUCGAACUCUCCUAACUGCACACGAACAAGAACGAAAAGACGAACAAACCUGGACAGCUAUAUACAGCCAGAUCGUGCAGUGGAUGUUCCAAAUUCAAAGGGGUUGCUCCAAUUGACAGCUGUCAUGCUAUAACCAAAUCACAGGGUAUGUUGUGAAAAUAUUCGCAAAGACUCGCCUAGAGGCCAGUAGUGCAAGGAGUUGCGUUUCCUUUAUUAAAACCAAAUAAAUCAAGAAGCAGGUCUUCUUGAUUCGCCAGUCUGGCAACACUCAACAUAUUGUUAAAUACUCAUGCGCUCUUAACCAGCAUGCACGGAAUUUGUGGCAAAUUUUAAAGACGUUUUUAAUGUUCUAUCACUGUUUUACGAAGUUUGCAAUGUGGAUGCACUGCACAUUUUUUACCGUUUAAAUUUUUAUCACGAUUUUGCAAGUUAUUAUGCGAUGUAACUGAUUGUAGAUGUAGCGGGUAAGGAUGUGGAUACGACGAUGUUUUAGAUAUACUGAUAAAUAUCUUAUAAAAAGGUGUAUGGUCACGUGGAUAGGUGUAUUUGAGGCUAACCCGUAAACAUUAAAUGCGGGGAAUAGUUACAUCAGUAGUAUUGCCUAUUAACAAUUUCAUUUAACCAUACUCAACCCGUGGAGACACCACAUAUUGGGCAUUAUAACCUUGGUCAAAUAGAGAUACCUUCGCGAGCAUAAACUAUUAAUAAAGUUUACUUGCUCAACUGGUGUACGCGGGAUGGUUUGAAAAAUACUAACCUUGUUGUAAUGCCGAUAACAAUGCAAAGUUUUUGUAUUUUUGUGUCAGUAACUAAUAUAGAAGAUAGUUUAAUCCUGCAAAAGUAAUUACUUUUUGAUAUCGACAGCUGGUUGGGUAUGGCAAUCAAAAAACCAUUAUACAUGCUAAAAUUAAUUAGUCAUAACAGGUGAAAAACCAAUAAAAACAUGAGAUAAAUGCAUGAAAACAUCAGUCUGAUGACGAUCUCAAAUUGAUAUAACUGAAGGGAUUUAUGGCAAAUAGUACACUGAAAAGACCAACUAUAAAGACUAAGGAGUCUCUAUGUUGAGAUGUGUGAAAAUAUGUUGCGUAUUCAUAAGUUAUCUGUUAAGAUUCGCUUCGUUGUUGAUUACUGUACCAUUGUCACACGAUUCCUUUCUAUUUUAUUAUAGGCCAGUAACUUAAUUAUACUAUUGAGUGUAUUAGGAUUUUGUAAUCAUAGACUACGAAGAUGCGUUUGUUACAGCGGCUACACAGUCGGUAUAGUUAGCCGUUUGAGUUCGUUGGGCCGAUUGUUUCCAGGUCUUAUACUUACCUGAAACAUACAGGCCUUAACUUGGAAUGCGUGUUUGAUGCAAGUAAUUCGAAGCCUAAAUUAUUGAUACGAAUUAUCUAUAACAUGAAGUAGAUGGUAUGUACGUCUGUAGCCUAGAUCUCGUCAUAUACCUUUAGUGGGAACCAUAUUCACUGUGUAAAUUGGUAUCUAAAGUGAAUUCUAAAUAAUCCAAUCCAGUCCAUCGUAUAAAUAUGUGUAUAUAGACAAUAACGUAUUAGUUGACUUACAUAACUAUUGUAUUUUAUCACUUAAUAUUUAUGGUCAGAUCAUGAACUUGUCUGAUUUAUUCAACUCUCAAUUAUACUCAAGGAUAUAACUGGUGUUGCUAUAUUUUCAUAAAUGUCUCUUAAAAUAAUUAAUUUUAUAUUUUAUUUUUUGUAGUGUACAUACAAGAAACAAGAUUAAAGUGCCAUCUAUGUUUUUGAAAUACUUGACGAAUAAAGUUUAUACCAGAAACAAUAUAACAUAGAUGUGAUUUUUACCUUGUUUUUCUCUGCAAGAAUACUUUUGCUGUUGUGGAACAAGAAUGUGUAAAAAUAAAAUAUUAUCUACCAACAAUGAAAUGUAUGAUCAAGUGUUUCAUAUUGACAUAAAUGUAAAAAGAGUAUUUUUAGAAUGCUCAUACUAAAAUAUCAGUGUUUUGUAUGUAUAAACUCUUACAAGUGCAAUCAUUUGUGGUAUAAACUAUAAAAUAACACAUGAAUCCGGAAUAGCAAGAUUAUAAUAUCCAUGUAAAGAAAGUAGCACAGUAAUCUUUAUAGUAUCAUAUUUCUAUGCAAUAGUUAAUUGCAAUAUUAUUAUAGUUUUUGUGUCCUUAUGUGUUGUAAUUAUUUGUCUGUAGUCUAUAUAACAACAUAUUUUAUUAUAUUAAAUUUAUAUUACGUUGUUGAUUUAUUAGAAUUACUUUAAAACAAUCUACAUGUGGAAGACAGCUGCAGAAAUGAGUUAUUUCUUUCAUCACUUUUUUCAAUAUCGUCUAUCAGAUAUUAAAAUAUGUAUUUAAUUUGGUACAUUUUUGCAGUUGGAGAAUCGACCUACUUGUUGAACAAAGAUAGUAUUUUGUAGUAGUGUUUCCAUAUUAUUUGAAAACGUUUAAGUAUUUACUAAAAAUAUAUGCAUAGACAAGGAUCAUUGUAAGGGAUAUUUUGUACUAGCCACGUAAAUAUGUUGUAUAACACAAUGUGAUUCUCUGUGAUAAAAUAAUUGAUAUUUAUUA